AUGAGCUGUCCUACAUUCAAAGUGUCCGUUGGAAUUCCAGUGUUUGGCCUCGGAUUCACCCACAACAACCAACUUAUCCUAGGUGGUGGAGGUGGAGCCUCUCGUUCAGGCGUCAAGAAUAAACUGGCUUCUUACAAAAUUGACGUUCGUCGUAAAGAUUUAGAAGAGGAUGCUACAUUUGAUUUUGCAGCAACAGAGGACGCGCCCAUGUGUCUCGAUGUGCAUCCUUCUGGACCUUAUGUCGUUGCAGGUGUCAAUGCAUCAGAACAAGAUAUCAAGGAUGGAAAAAACAACAACUGUCGUACGUUCAAAAUAUUGGAAGACAAGCUUGAGUUGGAAAAAGCUGUCAACACAUUGGAAAGCAAAAAGGCCGAAGAUUAUCAAAGAGUUGUUCGUUUCAACGAGAGUGGAAGCUUGGUAGCCACAGGAACCACAGACGGCCGAGUGCAAGUGUUCAAAUAUCCAGAUUUCGAGACUAUUUCCCCAGCAGUUACGGUUUCACAGGACGAUGAGGUUUUGGAUGUGGACAUCAAUCUAGAAAACGAAAAACUCACCUGUGUAUUGAGAGACGGCUUGAAACUGAUCAACCUUCGAGGAAAGAAUGUGGGUCAAGUUGUUCAGACAAUCUCUAGUGCUACAGUCAUCAAAAAAGGCACUACUCAUUUCAGAGCGUUCAGAUAUGGCCGUGGCUUUACCAAGGAUUUCGGUUUUGCUGUCGUCAAUGGUGUCACCAAACCUGCAGCUUACAUUGUCAAAUACGAUGCUUAUUCUCUUGAUCAGGUCAAGGUGGUUAAAGUAGGAAACAAGCCCAUUACUGCUUUUGCAAUCAGUCAAGACGGUGCUAUCCUCGCUUUUGCAUCUGCUGAUUUAACCGUUACAUUAUUGGAUGCGCUUUCGUUCCAAACUCUUACUAAUAUCAAAAACGCUCACGGAUUCUCAAUUACAUGUAUUGCUGUGAGCCCUGACAGACGCUUAUUAGCCAGUGCCUCAGCCGAUAAUACAUGUCGCAUUGUCUCUCUUCCAUUGCAAUUCGGUACUGGAUUGACCGUCAACCCGCUUCAUACCCUUCUUUUAGCCUGUGUGGUCGCUGCCCUCUUGGUCUGGAUCUUGAGUUUUGUUGAUAUUCAACCACUCUACAAUCUGGACCAAGGUAAAGAUGUCAUUGAGGUGUCAGCCCAGAAAGAUGUUGUUCCACAAAUCAGUACAUCCUCGGUCUAUGCAUCUCCAUCAUCUGCUACUCUCGAAAGUGCUGCUUCAUUCGUUAUUUCUGAAGCGCCCACUGACAUCCGGGAGACGCCUGCUGUUGUCAUUACUGUAGAUAAAGAGCAUGUGAUUGCCAAACCCCACGCUAUUCCAAAAUCUAAAACUACUCACCACGAAACAACCACUGGCAGAGAUGAAUUGUAG